AGCUUAUUCCUGUAGGAACAGGCAGGUUCCUGGGCUAGGUCUUAAGCAGGGCUUUGUAUAGGACCUGUGACAUACCACACCAGUUUCUAAACAGGUUUUUCCAAGUAUUUCUGCUUGGCAGAGGGAUUGUAGGACUGUCAGUGGAAGGGGACAACUCCAGCAGUACAGGUUGGACAGCCAAGAUGUAAAAUUGCUUUUUUAAUAAUAAAUGAUCUGUUCCCUCCCUUUCUGUGCAAUUCCUGCCAGACCGGUCCUGUGAUUGACAUGCCAGUGCCUGCCAGCUUCAACGAUAUCACUCAAGACCCCAGCUUGGAGAAUUACAUUGGCUGGGUUUGGUAUGAGAAAGAGGUGCAGCUUCCUCUCCGCUGGCUUCAGGAUGACCUCAACACCAGAGUGGUGCUCCGUUUUGGUAGUGCCCAUUACUACUCCAUUGUGUGGGUCAAUGGAGUGCAAGUCAUGGAGCAUGAAGGGGGUCACCUCCCUUUUGAAGCAGAUAUAAGCAGCAUCAUCCAGGGCAGCCCAGGGAUCCCCUGCCGCAUCACUGUCGCGCUCAACAACACUCUGACACCCCAUACUCUGCCUCCGGGGUCAAUUCAGUACAUGAAUGACAAAACAAGGUAUCCCAAGAACUAUUUUGUACAGAACAUCAGGUUUGAUUUCUUUAAUUAUGCCGGAAUCCAUCGCCCGGUUGUGCUUUACACCACUCCUUCUGUCUACAUAGAUGAUAUUACUGUGACAACUACUUCAUCAGAGAGUGUUGCAAUGGUGCAAUACCAGGUGUCAGUUGUUGGCAGCACACUCUAUUCCUUGUCCCUGAGUUUACGGGACCAAGAGGGGAAGGUGGUUGCUACAGGCGAUGGGCCAAGUGGAGAGCUAAAAGUUCUGAACCCAAAUCUUUGGUGGCCUUAUCUGAUGCAUGAGAACCCUGGAUACCGCUAUUCCUUAGAGGUGAAAAUGCAGGCACAGGCAAAUGGGGCAUUGCUGGAGGAUGUGUACACACUCCCGGUCGGCAUCCGCACCAUCCAUGUCACCAGCACCCAGUUCCUCAUCAACGGCAGGCCCUUCUACUUCCAUGGCGUCAACAAGCACGAAGAUGCAGAUAUCCGUGGCAAAGGCUUCGACUGGCCCCUGGUCGUGAAGGACUUCAACCUGCUGCGCUGGCUGGGGGCGAACUCUUUCCGCACCAGCCACUACCCCUACGCUGAGGAGAUCAUGGACCUGUGCGAUGCUUACGGCAUUGUGGUGAUCGACGAGUGCCCAGGAGUGGGCAUUAAAAUGUCCGAGAGCUUUGGGAACAAGUCCUUGCAGCAUCAUCUUGUUGUGAUGGAGGAGCUGAUCCGCAGGGAUAAGAACAGACCAUCAGUUGUGAUGUGGUCAGUAGCCAACGAGCCGGCAUCGGAGCUGCCCCCAGCAGGUUACUACUUCAAGACAGUGAUAGCUCACACUAAAGCUCUCGAUCCCUCCAGACCAGUAACCUUUGUGACAGAUGCCAAUUACGCUCUUGACCAUGGUGCUCCUUAUGUGGAUGUAAUUUGUGUAAAUAGCUACUUCUCCUGGUAUCAUGACCCAGGCCACCUGGAGGUUAUUCCACUACAACUCACAACACAGUUUGAGAACUGGUAUAAAACCUACCAAAAACCCAUUAUCCAGAGUGAAUAUGGAGCAGACUCGGUUCCUGGACUUCACAGUGAUCCACCUCUUAUGUUCAGCGAGGAGUAUCAGAAAGCUAUGCUAAGAGAGUACCAUUCUGUUUUUGACAAAAAGAGGAAAGAGUAUGUGAUUGGGGAGCUCAUAUGGAAUUUUGCUGACUUUAUGACUAAUCAAGGGACCACACGUGUUUUGGGGAACAAGAAAGGAAUAUUUACCCGCCAACGACAGCCCAAAUCAGCUGCAUUUGUUCUUAGAGAAAGGUACUGGAAGAUUGCAAAUGAAUCAAGCUGUCUUCCUCCUAUAAUAAAAUCACAUGCCCUCUUUCUCAAAUGAAAUCAAUAGGUGUAAUGGCUGGGUACUAUGCUGAACUUGUUCAUUAAAUUUGUUUAAAAAAUAUUUAUGUCUGACUCAAGUCUUGCAAGUCUAAUGCAAUUUCUAGUCCACCUGAAGUAGUUACUAUGAUACAAAGCAGAUCAGAAACACUCGUUUCCUGUGCUUAGCCAUGUCUGUAGGCUUCCUGUCUCCAGGUAGUAAAAUGAAUAUUCAGAGUUUCAAGGAGCUGAAGUUAGAGAUCCUGACUGAGGUAUCUUUUUAUGGCAAAAAAAAAAAAAACUAUUACAUGACACAAAUCAAUGCUGAAGACUUUAAAAAAAAAAAAAUCCGUUACUCUAAAUAAACAUCACAUCCCUCCAAUGCAAUUGAGGUUUUCCAGUUAUACUCCCCUAACAGUUACACUACUGAGAUCACAGCACAUUGUCCACAGAAUUACCAAACAGCACAAUUUAUAUAGCUUCUCACACUCAAAAAAGAAUGUAUGUGGCUGGCUGAGAAAUUCUGAGAGCUCACAGCAUUCAGGAGGUCUAUGAACCACUGCUUCUGUGAGGAUACCCAACAUACUCCAGUACAGUAUGGAAUUCAUACUACAGCAGCAAGGUGGAAUAUGUUAAGAUAGGUAGGUACUACAUCAAUUUAACUUUGUUUAAAACUAUUUAUUUUACUCACAGUACCAGAACUGCCACUAUUACAUGUGGUUUUACCUUCCAGCAUGGAAGGGCUUCCUUCAUAUUAAAUUGUCACUAUGCACUACAGUAAUAGUAGUCUAGAUGUUUUGCUUUAAACUUUUUUGAUGUUGGCCUGAAGCAUUCAGGGGUAGGGCAAUGUGUAAAUUAAAGCGCACACAAUACUUUAGACAGUAAUGUAGUGUAGUAACAUCCCUUUCAGGCUGCAGUCUUAAAAGGACACUAAAGGCCAGGCUUUAGCCUGUAACACAUUAUGCCAAUACUCACAGAAGAGUUCAGAACACACUGUUUGCAAACUUCUUAUUGCAACAUCCCAGGGUUGUCCCCAGAGCAGCGUCACCUGUGGCAGAACCACAAAACUGGAGGCUGCCUACUGAAUUUUGGAAGUUGGCACAAUUAUGUAGCUUCAUUAUUCUGAUUCACAGAUACUAUGUGAAACCGUUAUGAUUAUUUUUUCUGCAACUGGCUCUUCUGCUAGUAUCUUAAGUGACCAAAACAUCUGCCAAUAGAGAGAAAAUAUUUGCUCUUAUGUCAUGCGGUGGCCAAAUCUCUUUUUAGAUGUGGUACAUUACAAACCAACAACACCUUCCACACUGCCACAUGUAGAAUAAGGACAUACAUGUUUACUGCAGACUUCAAAACAAUUUUUGAGUUUUUAAGGAAAAAAAGAAACAUACUCUCCACAUUCCUUAUACUGUGUUAGGUCUGCAGAUUUUCUGUAUAACUGAAACCCGAGAAUAUGAAAGUCUAUCCACAGGGAAAAGACACUUGCUCAAAUGUACCGUGGUAGAAGAGUGAAUAGCAUAUUUAAGCCCACUACCAGUGUUCGAAAGUCAUUUCAAUUUCUCAAUCUAGACAUAAUUUUUUUUAAAAAAAACAUAUUCUUCCCCAUUUCAACAGACAUGACAUACCAACAGCUUCCACAUCAAAAUACAGAUAACGAUUUGACACUGUUAACUCAUUAAGAACUAGGGCUCAGAUCCCUGUGAUAACACAGGGCUUGUGGUUGCAGAAGAGAAAGCCAUUACUUUCAGUCCAACAAAACAGAUGCAAAGUUUAAUAUCCACACGUAUGGUAAGCACACAUUUCAGUGUCUUAGCUCCUGCUUGUUCUUAACAGCUCAGUGCAAUUGGAAACCCAAGCCACCUAUCCAACCCCUCCACAAAAGCUCCCUCCCUCCCUCCCCCCCAAUCCAGGAAAACAUACAGCAGUUUCCAGACACUUUGUCAUCUUGUUGGAGUGGAGUUAAAGCAGACCUACAGAACCAAGAGAAGCAGGAAGGGAUAAAAAUAACAUACUUAACAGGGGUUUUUUGCAUGUUGCUUAAAGAACUGUAAACAGUUAAAGCCUCAAGUCAAUGCUGCUCAACCUUUACACACCCAUGUGCACACAACAUUCAUCAAGACACAAUGAAGCUGCAGAAACUCUAUAAACUGGUAUCUCCGAGGACCCAAGUGCUUUAACCCUUCUACUGCUAACACACAAUGUCUUUGAAAAAAAAAAAUUUAAAAAAAAAAAUCACAACUUAAUACAUUUCUA